ACCACUCCUGCGAAGUGUUUCAACUCAAAUACGAGAAGGCUCAUUUAGAUGGAGGAGCCUUACCGGCCUUUGCAAUGAUUGGGCUGCAGAGCUCUAGAUAAUGUUCCGAAUUCCCACACGAUGGAGCUCUGUCGUUUGCGUUUCCAUCUCCCCGUGGGCAUCUGGUGUCCAUACCUACCAUGUCUUCUGCAAAUGUCGUCUACACCGGGGUCUGGACCAACUGGUCCCAUGGCCAGAUUCGCGGUGCCACCCUCACCCUACCCCAGGAAUACGCUGGACUGUUGACCGCUUUCCUGGCCAUCUUUGUGUCCUUUGCGGGAACAAUGAUGUGGCGGAUUCUCUGCUUUAUCAUACAUCAGGCCAACACAACACCCGCUUCGGAAAAACGAGAUUUCCUACAUCACAGUCGCCAAGUGAUCCUUCGAAAUAGCGGGUCAGGAACGGCAGCCGCAUGGGCAUUCACAACACUGGCAUGGAACGCUGGUAGAAAAGCACCUCGAGGCCUACUCCGCAUCCUUCCCCUAGCGCUCCUAGCACUCCUUAAUGUAGCCUUAUUUGGAGUCUCAGGUGUCUUCACCUCGUAUGUGACCAAAGUCCCGGGAAAUACAACAAUCAUUCUAGGUCCCCACUGCGGUGGAGCUGAAUAUAGCACAGCAGUGGAUACAGGUGGAAUCUACUUCUCUAAGUUGUUGGAAGAUACAAAACAGGCGGCAGCCUAUGCGAAGCAAUGUUAUCAAGGCAGUUCAGCCUUAGCCUGCGGCACUUACGUUCGCCAAAGCCUACCUUUCACCACCCAACAAAAUGUUUCCUGCCCGUUCGCAAAGGGCUUGUGCAGGUUCAAUGACCAGUCCGCCUUUGCAAUGGACACGGGCUUGUUGGAUUCGCAUAAUGAUUUCGGGAUCAACGCCCCGCCCGAAAACCGAAUCAAAUUUCGACGACUCACUACUUGUUCUCCGAUCUAUGGCGCCGAUUUUGGUACUGAUAGGGAUGAGCCUGGUCUGGGUACAGUUGUUUAUAUCAACGCGGGACUCACGCCGCAGCUGGUUGAGAUUGGUAAUAACUGGACAUUCUCCUAUGUUGUCCGCUCCGCUUUUGACAGGUUGCAUGGAUACUCGCUGAGUUCUGUUUAUGGACAAGCCGACCCGACUGGUGCCCUCCACAGCACUGGGGCUAUGUGGUAUCCCGACCCAAAAUUGAACCAAACGGACGCAGAUAUCACCCUAAUGAUGCUCACGCAAAAUGAUGUUUAUUAUCGAACGCCAAGUGACGAUCCUUGGAUAGCAGCCCACGAAAAGCUGAACGAAAGCGAUGUAUAUACGGGGGACUACACGAUCAGUUUGCUGGGGUGCAUCGACCAAUAUCAAUUCUGCAACCCCAACGGAGAGGGCGAUGCGGCAUGCAGCAAACUGGGAGGCAUAAACUCAGUUGCCAAAGACAUGAUCGAUCGAUUCGUGUAUUUUAAUAUGAACCAACUCGCGACCUUGAAGCGAUUCAUGACAAUGUCGCACCUACACUCUAUGUAUCAAGCGGUACAAGGGCGGGGAGGUUCAGCGCUAGACAUCGGCCAAAAACUGUACAACGGACACCAGUACUCCGUCCCCCCUAACCAAUGGCAAAUCGAAGUUUCCAACUGGUUUGCCCUUUCCCUUGCCAAGGAGCAAGCAUGGGCCGUCGAAUGGGCGACCGAACCCCAGAACUUCGACUCCCCCAAAGAUGGCGAGGAUUCCCCAUGGGUGUAUAGCCCACCCACCACGCCCGAGGCCAAAUCCCAAUGUAGAAAUCAACUCGUACACAACUCGGGAGACUACAAGAGCUUAUCGAUCUUGGGAAUGGGCCUGAUCCUUGCCGUCGGGGGUAUUAUAAUCAUCCUUGGCUUGUCCUUGGAUACCUGUGUGGGGUUGUUACAGCGUGGGAAACGGGCGUAUUUGCGAGAGCAGUGGCAGACCGAGGAGACACUGGGAUUACAUGGGGCUGCUUAUCGGGCUUUGGGGGUGUCGACGAAUUGGGCCGAUGAAGUGCCACCCAGCUCGGUGUUUCAGGGUCUUAAUUCUGCCGCUGAUGGCUAUCGUUCUGUCCCCUUUGAAGGAGCCGAUGCUGAGGGGAAGUCUGACGGUGGCAUAACUGUGUCAGAGAGAUAUGGAUCACAUCGCGAUAUAGUGGCUUAGGUAUUGGUAUCGUUGGUCUGAGGGUAUUUACCUAGUUUUAUUUGUAAUAUUGUUCAUGUUGGAGUCUGUGCUUCAUGUAUAUAUCAACCCUGGAACAGGGGAUGUUCCGACUACUUAUGA